AUGGAGCUCUUACACUUACACGCUUCCGAUUUCCCCAAUCGCCACCACUUCCUAUCCAAAACCACCACCACCACCACCACCACUCACCAACGCCUCCUCUCCCUCUUCUUCCCCACCCGAACCACCCGCAUCACCACCCUCCGGUACUCCUCCCCAAAAGCAUGCACAGUAGAACUUCCCGUCGGAGAAAAGAUGGUGAUAAAACUCGUCGGUGCUUUCAACGACCUGACAGAGAGGAUGAAGGUGUUGUCCACAAGUUCCUCUGGCCUUGUCUUCAAAUCACUGAAACUAUCUAUUCCCGUUCUUCAAGCUUCCCCUCUUACUCCUGAUGGUCGUUCUCCUCUCUCCAAAGCCUUAUCCAUUGCCGUACUUCUAGCUGAUCUUCAGAUGGAUGCAGAAGUUAUAUCAGCUGGAAUUCUGAGACAAGUGUUGGAAGUACGUGGCUUAAGUCUACAUGAAAUUCGAAACCGGAUAGGUUCUUCCACGGCUCAUUUAGUGCACGAGAGUUUGCGUGUUAACAACUUUGCGUCUAGAGUAGAUAUUCUGGAUGAUGAGAAUGCUGCUACUUUGAGAAAGUUUUGUCUGACUUACUAUGAUAUCAGGGCUUUGAUUUUGGACUUGGUUUUGAAGCUUGAUAUGAUGAGACAUAUUGGUCAUCUUCCGAGAUCUCUCGUUUCGGUAUUUGUUUCCUUAUUCGUAUCUUUAUGUGGAUACGUGGUUGAGAAGUCAGGAGACCGGAGUUAA